AUGCCUUCUAUUCAAAAUCUUGUCAUUCCAGCAGUGCUCUCGCUUGCUGUCGCUGCAAACGCUCGCUUAAACCUGGGCAACACCUUGCUUGGAAAGCGUCUCGUCACCAACUGCCCUAACGAAUGGAUACCAGUCAACUACAACGGGAACGACAAAUGCUGCCACGGAUCCCUCUCUGUGGAAGAGGACAACCAGCCCUACUGCUGUGUGAUGGAUUAUGACAAUUACCGCGACGUUGCAAAUGAUGUCCGAUUCUCAGACUGCUUUCCCUUCUGCACUGGCAGCAACUACGGAGGCCCAACUGUGACCUGGAGCGACGAGCCCACCUGCAUCACCCGGGUCCCAUUCACCGCGAACGGAUACUCGAGCAUUGUUUCAGCGGCCGUGUCCUCUGGUCGUUCUUCUUCCUCUACUACCACUACCACUACCGGUCCAGCCACCAAUGAGGCGACCGCGACAUCCACUAGUGAUUACAACGGUGAUAGCCAGGAGGCGACAUCAACAUCGACAUCGACAUCGACAUCGACAUCUACUUUUUCUGAUGAUUCGACGAGGAACGCGGCACCGAUUGCCACUGCCGGUAGCGUUCUCGGUGGCGCUGCCUUUGCUGCUGCUUUGCUUGCACUUUAG